CAGCGGUUACAGGUGUCACAUCCGCGGUGUUUAGUAACACAAAGUUCUGCUUCUGUUCCCACACGUUCGGGGAGUAAAUAUUACUGCUGGACAGGUUAGAACUUUAAGGGACAUAAACAUGGAGAUCCGCGUUUCUCUGUUCCUGCUAGUUUGUGGUUUGAGCUCGGCUUUGGCGCAGAACAACAUUACUUGUGAGAACAGCGGCUCGACAAGCUGCGAGCAAUGCUUGACUAAUGUGUCGUGUCUGUGGUGCAUAAAGUCCAAGUCAUGUAUAACAUACCCGUACAGUACCAUCCUGCCCCCCAGCUCCUUGUGUCCACUGAACGAAGCCCGCUGGGGACAAUGCAUGAUAAACUUCCAGACCCUGAUCAUUACGCUGUCAGUGCUUGGCGCCAUCAUCAUCAUCGCCUUCCUGAUCUGCCUCUUUAGGUGCUGCAAGUGUGAGAACUGUGGAAACUCCAUCAACGAGCGCAAGAUGCAGAGAAAGGCAGAAAAGAGGACAGUCGCACAGGAGCAGCGGCGAACCGAAAUGAUGGCCAGACACGACGAGAUUCGGCAGAAAUACGGUCUCAGCAGAGGAAGUGCUUAUGCCAAGUUUGACAAUUCUGCUUAAAGAGAGCCAGGGUUGCUUAUCUCACAGCAAUCACUGAACUUUUCAUGGCUUCUCCUUCAACCCAAAGCUGCUGUCUGACGAUCUGCUUUAUGUAACGUUCAGUUGCUCAGUAGCACAGCUUACUGGACAACGUUAAACUUCUGAACUCCUUCUAAAUGUUCUUUCUACACCUGCUUACUGCAACCCGGAGCUGAAUUUAUUUAUGUAGGUCAAAACGAAAGUCGCGUUUUUAAUGUAAAAUUCUGUUGUACUGUUGUCAUUCGAAUGUUAAAAAGGAACUGAUGAAAAAAAUAAGAAAAUAAUUAAAUUCUUUUCAUACAAAA